ACCGAACAUACCAGGAAGGAAACAAACGGACAUCUAGAGAGAGAGAGAGAGAGAGAGACCCUCCUGUUUCUUCUAUCCUCCUCCAAUAAAGGUGGACGGUUUUCGGUCUCCUCUGUCCUCCAAUAAAGUCUCUCAGUGAAAAUAAAUUGAGGAAGCGUUCAAAUCGAGAGAAGAGACCCUCAAUUGAAUUUGCUCUUAGAGUUUUGCCUCCAUUCCCCCAGGAAACGAUCUAGAAACAACAGAAAGGCUUGACUCGCAAAAUAAAGAACGUGUUGGUUGGCUGCUGACUGUUUUUAACAAUAUUAGCGGUGGUCGGGCUGUCAAUAUUGGCAGCCCGAGUCACUGUGACAAAGUCCCCAAACCUCCCAACAGGUGGUUCUGAUUCUUGUUUCUGGGAUAUGGCGUCGUUAUAAUACUUUCUAUACAUGAAAGCUUAGUUCAGGAUUUCUGGCGCUGUAAUUGCCACGUAUCAGGAUUUCUUUAUUUCUGGUAUGAGAGAUUUUAAAAUUUGUGCACUACCAUGGGUUCGUUGUCUGGAAUCCUUCAGCGACCUGUAGUUGCUGCUGCUGCUGUCGCCUUUGCUUCAUUUUCCACCGAUCUUCAUGAUAAAUUAUGGCUUCCCAAAUCAGUAGAUAACGGUUCCUCCUUGGAGCACUCCAAUUCUUCUGUUUCUGAUUCAUCAUGCGAAACAAAGUCGUCAUGGGUUUCUAACAUAUCUGAUUCCAAGCUUGCAAACUUGUCAUUUGUUACCAGAAUACGAGUACCUCUUCCUAACAUACCAAUUUCAAUUCCCCAUAUGGAUCGUGGUUCGGUUCCCUGUGUUUUCUAUUCUCCUGUUCUACUCAACUCGUACCAGUCUGCAGAAUUAGUCAAGUCAGCAAAACCAAGUGCGUAUACGCAUCAUGUUCCCAUCUCUGCCUCAUCCUCGGAGGUUCUGUACAGAUGGCACCUGCCGGAAUCUAAUGCCAUUGAUAUGUCAGUGAAUUCUGAUUGUUCCUCAGUGAAGUCCAGAACAGUAGUUGUUUUGCUUGGAUGGUUGGGUGCAAAGCAAAAGCAUCUUAACAGAUACGCAGAGUGGUAUACCUCAAGAGGGUUUCAUGCCAUUACGUUUACUUUUCCCAUGGCUGAGAUUCUCAGUUACCAGGUGGGUGGCAAAGCAGAACAGCAUAUAGAUUCUCUUGUUAACCAUCUCGCCGAUUGGCUGGAAGAGGAGCGUGGAAAGAAUCUUGUUUUUCACACUUUCAGCAACACAGGAUGGUUAACAUAUGGUGCUGUUCUGGAGAAGUUUAAGAAGCAGGAUCCUUCUCUAAUGGGACGAAUUAAGGGCUGUAUUGUUGAUUCUGCUCCUGUGGCAGCCCCUGAUCCACAGGUUUGGGCGUCAGGUUUCUCUGCUGCUUUCCUGAAAAAGCACAGCAUUGCAACAAAAGGAGUUACAAGUUCAAAUGAACCAGGUGUGAAUUUGUCAAUUGGCAGUAGAACAGUUGCAGAAGCAAAGCCUGCAGUGACUGAAGCAGCUUUGCUACUAGUUUUGGAGAAGUUCUUUGAGGUGGUUUUGAAUCUUCCUACCGUAAAUAGGAGACUCUCCGAUGUAGUAGGGUUACUGUCUUCGGGGCAACCACCCUGUCCUCAGUUGUAUAUUUAUAGUUCUGCGGACAGAGUCAUUCCUGCAGAAUUUGUGGAGUCUUUUAUAGAAGAGCAGCGGAGAGCUGGACGUGAGGUCAGGGCAUGCAACUUUGUCUCCACACCCCAUGUCGAUCAUUUCAGAAACAACCCGAAAUUAUAUACAUCUCAACUCACCCAAUUUAUGGAGGAUUCUGUGCUUGCCUGUUGCAGACAUUCUUCCUAACUAGAUUGCUCAUUGCUUACUAACAAUAAGAAAUUUGACCGGAUAGUUUAGUACAGAACUUUACAUACAUCUUAUAUCUAAUUCAUUGUUGUAGAGAUCGUUGAAUGCAACAAGAGGAAUAAUUGCCUCUCAUCAGUUUAAUUUUUUCUGUUUUGUGCAUUCCUUUAUGGAUGCUCUAUUGUUUAUACUGUUAAACAAAUAUAUUGACAUGUGAUCCUUAAUUCCGAUUUACAAUUUUUUUUUU